AUGAAAAGAUUUAAAACAAACUUUAAUGGGUAUUCAGUAGAGUUUAGUCCUUUUGAAGAACAGAGGUUAGCAUGUGCAACAUCACAGCAUUUCGGUAUCAUAGGUAAUGGUAGACAGUAUGUGUUGGAUGUGCUGGAGCGUGAUAUCGUUCCCUAUCGUGUAUAUGAUACCAGAGAUGGUCUGUACGACUGUACGUGGUCCGAGGAGAACGAGAAUCACUUGGCCAGUGCAAGUGGCGACGGUUCUAUCAAAAUCUGGGAUACGAUGGCACCCUCUGGUGAACGUCCACUACGGUCGUUCCAGGAGCACACCAAAGAGGUGUACAGCAUCGAUUGGAACUUGGUCUCAAAGGAGAUGUUUGUCAGCGGUAGUUGGGACUUGUCGAUCAAGACUUGGUCGCCGCGCGCCGACAUGUCGAUACGUACAUUCAAAGAGCAUCGCUACUGUAUCUAUAGCACCGUGUGGUCACCUAGAAACCCGUAUCACUUUGCAUCGGUCAGUGGUGAUACCUCACUAAAGAUCUGGGAUCAUCGUGACAACCGAUCACUCAACACAAUCAAAGCACACGACAACGAAGUAUUGACUUGCGAUUGGAAUAAAUAUAAUGAAAAGGAAAUCAUAACUGGUUCUGUAGAUAAAACUAUACGUAUUUGGGAUAUAAGAUUACCAGAUAGACCAACAAGUAUAUUAAGAGGACAUAGUUAUGCAGUUAGAAGAUUAAAGUGUUCACCACAUUCAGAUGCAAUGUUAGCAUCUUCAUCAUAUGAUAUGUCAGUUAUUAUUUGGGAUAGAUCAAGAGAAGAUCCAAUGUUAUUAAAGAUGGAUCAUCAUACAGAGUUUGUCGUUGGUUUAGAUUGGAAUAUGUUUAUCGAUGGUCAAAUGGCAUCAUGUUCAUGGGACGAACAGAUUUGUGUUUGGAAUCUUGGUAGAGUACCACCACAACAACAACAACAAUUCCAUCACCCAUUACCACCACAUCAUCAAAUGCCACCAAGACCAUAA